AUGUCCGAUCCCCAGAAUACCCUUUUACCCAAAAUCGUAUUUUUCCACUCUAAAGGUUUUUUAACCCAAGACAUUGCUAAAAUACUGUCUACAACACCAGCUGUUUGGCAAAGAAGUUUGGAAAACCAAAUCAUCCCAUCGUACAAUUUCUUCAAGGAAUUCCUCAAGUCCGAAGAGAAAACGAUUGCCGUUAUUAAACACUUUGCUGGGAUUUUGUUGUAUGAUCUUCACAUAUCUGUAGCACCCAAUAUUGAAGCUCUGAGAGAAAUAGGUGUGCCCGAAUUGAAUAUUGUGGCUCUUUUUACAAAAAAACCUCAAGCUUUCACGGCUAAUGCUGAUAGGUUUAAGGAGAUUGUGGAGGAAGUAAAGAAAAUGGGUUUUAACCCUACAAAAGUGAUGUCUGGUGUAGCAAUUCAUGCACUGAGGGCUAUGAGUAAAUCAGCUUGGGAAAAGAAGGUGGAGGUUUAUAAGAAGUGGGGUUUGUCUGAGGAUCAGAUUUUGGUGGCUUUUGGGAAGCAUCCAUGGUUUAUGCUUGUAUCAGUGGAGAAGAUUAUGUCCCCAUUUUUUUGUCAAUAA